GCCGCCAUGGAGCAGACGCUAAGCAGCCCACCGGGGCUGUCCGCCAUCCUGGCGAAGACGGACUGGUCCGAGCCCUGGCUGGUGGGGCUGGCGGUUUUCCACGUCCUCUGCUUCCUCCUAACGUGCAUCUCUUUCCAGCACUACCGGGUGCAAAUAGGGCACUUCCUCUGCAUGGUGGGCUUAGUGUACUGCGCUGAAUAUAUAAAUGAAUUAGCAGCCAUGAAUUGGAGGCUAUUUUCUAAAUACCAAUACUUUGAUUCAAGAGGAAUGUUUAUUUCACUUGUAUUUUCAGCGCCACUGCUGGUGAAUACUAUUAUAAUUGUGGUCACCUGGGUUUACAGAACUUUGAAUGUAAUGACUGAACUGAAGACACUACAGCAGAGAAUGAAAGCAGAAAAAGAGAAAAAGAAGUGAAAGUGCCUAACACUUUUUUUUUUUUUUUAAUUGUAAUAAUACUUGUCCAGGUAAUCAGUCCUUCUGUAUGUUUAUCCAGAAACAGCAGUGUUUUUGUGUCUGAUGUCAAGAGGACUUUGCAACCUGUGGCUGUGGACAAUGAGGUGAAAGCAGGUAUCGACAAUAUAUUUGAAUUGACUGAGAAACCCAGUCUUAACAGGUCUUUGUGCCCUUCAGUGUAAGAUAGUUUUCCCCCAUGACCAAGGCUAUUAGUAUUGGUGAGACACAAUCUUCCAGUCUGUUUCCAUUUGCCUAUGUAUUUUUUAACUAUGUCUUAACUGUGUGUUUAUUAAGUAUCCAGUCUUCUGCUGCUUAAGCCAAUUGGAGCAGUGUUGUGAAUUCCAGUAAAUGAGGGAUUGUAUUCAGAAUACCUCAGGAAUCUAUGCUUCUGUGAAGCAUUUCACUUCUUUAUAAAUCAAGUUUCAUACUUCCUAUGUGUAUUGUGUGCCAGUAGCGUUUUAUAAAUAAAAUUAUCCACUGUAUCUAUAAUGGAGUUAAUUUGUAUUAAUUUUUAAUCGGAUUUUUUCUUUCUUUUUUCUCAUAAAAAUUCCCAGUUUGGUAAAAUCUUGUACUUAAUUUGUGUAAGUAAUUCAAAACGAUCUCUGCAUUUUUUUCAAUUUACAUUUCAUGGUUUUAAUGCCGCUAGAUAAAUAUCUUUUCUUAAAACUGGAUGAAAUUUUGAUAGUUUUUGCUUAUUUGUAGAACAGAAAGGAAGGAGAGAAACUUUACAAUGUUCUAUGCAAUUUUGUUCCUUUUUUUUUUAAUGCUUUUUGUAAUAAAUAACUGAAAAUG